AUGGGACGACGCCUCAAUGCUAUUAAGAAAAAAGUGACUAGAGCCUUUAAAACCUUUAAAGGUCAAAGGCAUAGAGUUUCCAGAUCAAGUACACCAGAACAUCGUGGAUUUUCAUCUGACAAUAAUCAAUUGACACUUCCAGCUGAUUGCCUUAUUGAGAUAUUCUCACAUUUGGAAGAUGAUCCCAAAUCACUACAAUCGUGUGUUCUCGUUAAUAGGUUAUGGUCUAGAAGUUCAGUACCCACAUUAUGGGCUCAACCUUUUAGAGACUCAACGCCAUCAUCAAUUAUCGAUGUUUAUAUGUCAUAUUUAACUGACAUUGAAAGAUUACAUUUAAUUGAUAAUGGCAUUUCCGUUUCGAACCGUCGACGAAAUCAAAUCUUUGACUACGUAUCAUUUUUGCGUCAUCUUAGUAUGGGAAGUCUUUACACAAUAGUUCUUAAAUGGACUGAUCGAACACAAACCUCUCCUUCUGUCAAUUCAAAACGGCGUAGUCAUAACACGGAACCAAGUUUAGUAAUAUAUCAAGCGCUUUGCAGAUUGUUCUUCAGUCGACGCUCAAGCAUUCGGUCUUUAUCCCUCGACUGGGGUGACAUGGAAAUCUGGAAAGCAUAUCCGUUACUACUUUAUUCGGCUGGUAUAGAUACUUACCUGGCAAAACUGAGACAAUUUACUAUUCAUUAUAUAACUGAUUGGUCAAUAUUUGGUUAUUUAGCCAAAUACUCUAGAAAUAUUGAAAAUUUACAAGUUCUUGGUUAUUCUUUUAAUACUCCUCCACAUCCUGAGGACGAACAAAAUUUAGCAUCUUUGAUAACAAUUCAAAAGAAUUUACAACAUUUUAAAUUAUUUGGUUACUCAACAUAUCCUGUGUUAACCCUUGUUUCAUUAGGUGCUCAAGCAAAUUCUUUAAUAUCUAUAGAAAUUAGUUACAUUCAUUUCACUUCAACUACACCUCUAGGGUCAACUUUUGAAGGAUUAGCUGCGUGUAUAAAUCUUCAAGAGUUAACUGUCUUAAAUUGUUUGAAUGCCACUGACGAGAUUUUAUCUCCGUUAGUGUGUGCAACAUUUCCAUCACUUCGUAAAAUACAUAUAGUAGAAUCUACAUAUGGGUGGGAUAAUGUGGUAGUUUCAUUGAUUCAUAAUAAUUCUACAAACUUGGAAGAAGUUUAUUAUAAACCAGUUGAUAAUCAACAAUAUCAUAUAAUGUCUCCAACAAUAAUUGAAUCCGUUUCUCAAUGUUGUCCUCGAAUAGUGAGACUUGGUGUUCCUAUAGGUACAUUACAAAUAAGUCAUUUAACUGAUAUACUUACAUCUUCAGAUUGUCAACUUAGAAGUCUUAGCAUAUUUCGAAUGGAUCGAGUAUCUUGGGAUAAUGAAGAAUUAUGGAGUGGGUUAGGUAGUUUGAUGCCAACUACAUUAAGGCAUCUUAAUAUUUGGAUUUAUUUGGGAGAUACACCUAUGCAAUUAUUUUUACAAAAUACUCAAGCACCAUUAGAAACUUUAUAUGUUAGAUGGUGGACUCAUUAUCUUGGAUAUGAUUAUCAAUUAGUUGGAGCUUAUUUAAAAGAUAAAAAAGUAGGGAUUUCGGAAUUUUUGAGGCAUGUUAUUUAA